AUGACAGCCUCUUCGCAAAACUCAUGCUUAAAUAGCUUCGAUAUUCGCAAACCAAGUGCGGAUUCUGCUAAAGAAGGUCCAAGUGGUUCCUCUCGACAACCAGCUUUCAAUGCAUAUCCCCUCGAAUCUUCACCUAAUUUACUUAUCCCAACAAAUGAUGUGAUAUACAUGCCAUUAAAUCCCACAAAUGUGCCUUUGUCGCUUCAACGUGCAUGUGCCUCCAAUGAGACUGUAGGCGAUGAUACACAGAGUUACAGUCAUCCAAUAUGCCAUGGCUUCAUUUUUCCAAACUCAGAAAUAAACAUUCCGAGUAUGCAGAACCAUAUCAAUGAUGUCCCUUACAAUAUGCAGAGCCAGAGUUCGAGCAACGUGGACACAAGUGCUCAAAAACAUCUUCAACUCCUGUUGCUCCAAAAGUUAAUUGAGUUGCAGCUUGCCGAACAUUAUAACUCAAUUAAAGACACACUAAUAUUAACUAAAGACUCCAAUAAUGAGUCUCAAAACCCCAACUUACUGCCAUGUUUUGUCAAAAACUCUGACUUUGAUGCAAGUUCCAACCCAGUUUCAACUGUAAAUAACGAGAACUCAGAUAUGUCGACAUUUUUGGUCCCUGUUAAAGCCAAGUUUGAGGGCGAAAGUGGUCUGUCUUUACACAUAACUCCAAAUGACGAAAUCAGUAAUCCAACCCAAGGAAGUCCAGUUACCGUAGCAUACACGAGUCAACCCAUCGUCUUAUAUCCAUUUUCUGUUCAACAAGAUAAUUCUACGGAAAAUACAUUCCCAGCCAGCCAAGCCGUGCCUGAUGCGCCCCCAGGUGGACCAACUGCUCAAACAUUUACGAUGAAGGACAUAGAUCACUGUAUACGGAGGGGCUCUCUGGAAUUCCCUUCUGAGCCAAGCAAUGACAUAGUUGAGAGUAUACGAGGUCGUACGAGACCAGGGUUUGUAUUGUUAAGCGUUCGGCAUGAAAAAAUCAACGCAGAAAAUAAGAUUUCACCAACUUCUGAGAAACAUUUCCAGGGGAGUCAUCCUCCUAUUUCAACAUCAGCCAGUCUUGAAACAAAGAAGUCAAAAAGUGUCACUAUGUCUAAAAAACUACCUAGAAAGAGGUUGAAGCAUAUGAAAAGCGAUGCAGAACUCAAAAAGCGACCCCUAAGAGGUUCGUCUAAAUCUCUCCUAAAACACUCUGAAAACGCUGAAAUGUCUCCGACUCCGGUAGAACUUACGGAGGAUGAUCUUAAAGCUUUAUCUCCACAGUCAAGAUUUCGAGUAACCAGGUUCGCAGACAAAAAGCAAGCCUGGAUAGCUCCUGCAAAGGCAGGAUUCACUGUCCAUGAUUUAUGGACAACUAAACUUCCGGAAUAUGUGUUAAGAUGUGCCGAGCACUUAAAACUAUCAGGCUCUGGUUUAAACUUACACCAUGAAAAACUUGCUGAAAUCCCAUAUUCGUUGGACGACAUUAUAAACGGACAUUGUUUGGCCUGCGAGAAGUCACCUCCUAAAUAA